AGAAAAAAGAUUAGCUCUUCUAUUUUAGUUCCCAUCAUUAAGUGGCUAAAUAGGAUUUGAUUUUAGGAGUUUUGGUUAUUUGUCCAUAUUUAUAUUUAUGACAUUAAGCAAUUAAAUUUUACUAUUUUUUCAAAUCAUAGAUACGUCAUGGAAAGGUAUUUUAAGAGAAGCACACAACUAGAUGGUAUUGCAAAUGCCAUUAAAUGUGUGAAAUCAAAUAGAUUGCAUUUGGGUAAUCUUAGUAGAGAUGGAUGGGCCAAAUUAUUAGAUGAUGAGGUGAAUGAGUUUUGUGACAUGCAUGAUAUUGCUAGAUUGGAAGUGGAAGAUGCAUAUGUUGAUCCAAAAAAUCAAGGAAAAAAAUCUAGAAUUGUAUAAAAACAUCACAUGGACUGGACUGUUCCAAUGAAGUUAUAGAUUGGCUACUCCAAGAGCUUGAUAGCCACUUUAAUUAGACAAUCUCUGAAUUGCAUUAAGGGAAAUUAUGUAACAGUAAUCCUUACUUGAGAGGAGAUUGAUGCAAACUGUAUAAUUCAUGCUUUUUACAAAAUAACUAGAUUGUGUUCAGCUCACCAUAUUCAUGCCUUUUACCAAGACACUAGGAUAUGCACUACAUGUUGAUUUUUUUGACACUUGUAUGGCUCCUGGUGAUAGCUGAAUAGCUUUCCGAGGAUGAGAUUGUUGGGUUAAGACAGCUAUUCAAGGUGCUGAAUGUUAAAAGCUGCAGUUACUUUUGCUGACCUUAUAGCAGGUUUAAGGAGAUGUGGUACUGAAUUUGGAGGAUAGAAAAAUGUUUAUAUAAUGAAAGUGUUAAAUGAGAUAUUGUCUUGUUUGACACAUGGCUUGUUGUUAGUACGUCACUCAGCAUUUUUCAAUCAGUGGUUUAUAAGCGCAGGCUGAUAAAGACAAUAUCACCACAGCUCUGCCUCUUAACGGAAUAGAAUGGGAAGUGCACUCGAUGACAGCUUUUACUUGCUUCGACAAAGACAGAAAUGGUAAUAUCAUAAUCCCAAUCAUCUCGAGGACAAGUUGGGCUGGCCACUACAUCUCUUGUACUGUAGCUGAAGUAAAGUGGUGCCAGGUACAAGUGCAUGCUCAGUGCCUUAAGGGAUGAUGAGGGUCAGUCUCACAGACUAGGUACAAGUGCAUGCCUGGUGAAUUGUUUCAACAUCCAUAAAAAAUAUUUAAAGGCAGAGGAGCACAAGAUGCUACAGCGGGUUCCAGCCCAUCAUGGACUCACAACUGGCAUCGGGUUGUGGCCCAUCAUGGACUCACAGCUGAUUGGGUCGUGCCCACUGGCUGCCAUGAGCGAGCUGCCUAGCAUCGCCGAGCAGUGCCUCGGCAAGUCGGCAAGUCUGCAUGAACCCAAGGAGUGUCUCGUGCUUCAAGCACUCCAUGGAAAUAUUGUAUGGACUGGUCAAUUUUGGAUUCCUCAACUCCUAACAGGACUGGGCCUCUGUAUGACACCUCAAGGAUUUCGGAGCGACAUAAGGAGAAAUUUCGGUUCAGGUUGCAUCUGAAUCAUCACUUAACCAAUGCAAAAUUCAGUUGCCAUAGUACUUCCCGGAUCAAGAAACCUUGUGAUUCCUGCAAAAGAUACUUGGACCAUUUGGAUGGAAAAAAUCAAAAUGUCAGACCCAAGAAUUUAAUACUCCAAGAUUGCUGCCACUAUCCGGAAGAUCUUGUGGAAUCAUUUUCUACAAGUUAAUACUCCCUAUCCACUCAUCAAUGUGUUGGUCUAUCCUAUACCAGUAUCAUCUCUGAUAAGAUUUACUUUUACAAGCCAUGCAUGCUAUUCUUGUGCUGCUACUUUUGUAUGCUAACAAAAUGUUUGAGGCAUAUUUGCUGGAUAUUCAGAUGUUACAAACCAAGUGUCAUAACAUGGUUUGUAAACAACUUUCAUACUUGGAAUACAAUAGUAUAGUUCUUUAUUGAAA